GAUUUGUUCUGGGAGGUGCGUUUGGUGUCUUCACAGCCGGCAUCGACACCAACGUUGGGUUUGAUCCCAAGGAUCCCUAUCGCACGCCAACCGCAAAAGAGGUCCUCAAAGACAUGGGGCAGCGAGGCAUAUCCUACGCAAAGAACUUCGCCAUUGUGGGCGCCAUGUUCUCCUGCACCGAAUGCGUGGUGGAAUCUUAUCGUGGAAAGUCAGACUGGAAGAAUAGCGUUAUUAGCGGCUGCAUCACAGGAGGAGCAAUCGGCUUCAGAGCUGGUUUGAAGGCAGGGGUUAUCGGCUGCGGUGGAUUUGCCGCUUUCUCCGCCGCAAUUGAUUACUAUCUACGGUAACAGUGGGAUCCCUUGGGAGCAAGUUUCCCUUUGUUCCAGUGCUGCUGCUAAGAGCCUGCAUCACGGCAGAAAAAACAUCAGGCUUACCUUUCCACUGCCUUUGGAGUCCCGAUCAGUGCAAGCUGGAUGGUGUUGGCUGCUUUUCCUGAAUGACUAACAAUAAUCUGGCUCAGGGCCCUGGCAUGCUGCGUCGGGCAGGCUUGCGGGAGUAUGCGAGGAUGGAGCCAGGCACAGUGAGCAGUAUCUCCAGGAUGGAUCAGCUGACUGUCAGUUUCCAGGAAACAAGCCUGGACUCUGAGCUUUUUCAAUCCUUUGGGUCUGAUUUUGAUUAAGUCUGUUGUUAGCAUCAAGUGAGGCAGGAGGACAAUCUUCAAAAAGAAACGCAGUGAUUUAGGUUACCGUGUAUUUGAACAUGCUGCAAGUGUUUAACAGUUACCAGUUUGCAGCUUGCUACUCUGUUGGGGAGAGGUAAGAUCCUGUGGAGAAAUAAGUUUGUUCCAGGCUUUUCUUAAAAUACCAGCUGAAGGCAAACCACCAUCUGUACAACUUGUCUUAUUUGAAGUACAGAGAUGAGAGCCAGAUUUCUUUACCAUGUCUUAAAGGGAAAGGCAAAAAGGAAUCCUUAGCCUUAGAACCGCAUGGUUACUGGCAGAUGAACAAAACAGUUUAAGGGGGAAAAAAAAAAAAAAAAAAGAGAGGUUGUUGCAGAAGUAUAAUUCUCUGUAGCCACUUGGUUAGCCUGAUUUAACCUCGCUGUGGGACUACAAAUAAUCUUGUUACUGCUUUAACUGCCACAGGCUCACCCCAUUAGUUCCAGCAGUUUGAUAGUGAGACUAGAAAGCAGAGUUGUGAGAAUAAACCAUUGUUAGACAGA